AAAUCAACCUUCAAAAUGUCCCCCCCGGGGCUUGCAGGGGAAUGGUCCCUGCGGGGACACAGCACGCCCUGGUUUGUCCCCCUUGGAAAAUCCUGGUGCUGUGGGGGGGAGCCCCAAAGCCCGGCUCGCUCCGGGGGCUGCUUCCACGUAGGGAAACUGAGGCACGGGGGGGUCGGGGGGGGGGCGGCUCUCCGGGGGCUGUGUUCCUGCGGCCAGGCGCUGGGACCCUCCUGGCUCCGCAGCCGGGCCGCGGGGCGGUGGCACCUCCCCAACCCCAGCCCCAAAAGUUUCUUCCCACCGCUUUCCCACCCCCCCCCCCCAGGCCGAAAAAUCCCCGGCCGGAGGCUGGCCCUGGGGGCCCGGCAGCCUCUGCCUGCCCUGCGCCUCUCCCCUCCCCGGCUCCAGCCCCCAAAGAAACUUUUCCUCCCCCUCCUCUUCCUCCUCCUCCUCCUCCUCCUCCUCCUCCUCCUCCUUCUCCUGCACGGAGCUGCUCGGCUGACGCGGGUGGUUGAGGCGGGCGAGACCUCGCGCCCUUCGCCAGCGGCCCCCUCGGCGGAGCCCCGGCCCCCCGCUCGUCCCGCGGCCCCCAGGCAGGAGAAGUGCCCAGAAGAUGAGGAGGAGUCCCACAAAGUGCUGACGAACGGCACGGCACCGGCCAGGACUGAGCUCACGGGCACUCCCGAAGCUGUGACAUGCCAGCCCCAGGUGCGAGCAGCCCCGCAGCCCCCCGGCCCCUGCACCCACCUGCUGCAGAACGGGGCCGGGCGAGGGCCGGAUCCGGGAGGUGCCCUCGGGGACGCGGGGAACGGGGUCUUCCGCCCCCUGCCCAGCUCGCAGAAGCCUCACCGUAAGCUGCAGUCCCACCACUCCAUCAACAGCCAGAGCAGCAAGAAGAGCAAGGGCAGCUCCAAGUCGGCUUCGUCCCACAUCCCUAUCGAGGCGCAAGAAGACUGCUGCGUCCACUGCAUCCUCUCCUGCCUCUUCUGCGAGUUCCUGACCCUCUGCAACAUCGUGCUGGACUGCGCCACCUGCGGCUCCUGCACCUCCGAGGACUCCUGCAUCUGCUGCUGCUGCUGCAACUCGGGCGAGUGCGCGGACUGCGACCUGCCCUGCGACAUGGACUGCGGCAUCAUCGACGCCUGCUGCGAGUCAGCCGACUGCCUGGAGAUCUGCAUGGAGUGCUGCGGGCUCUGCUUCUCCUCCUGAGGGCUGGAGGCAGCGGGAGGGAGGACGAGCAGGAGCGUGAUUCCCCCUCCUGCAGAGCCCCCGAGCCCCGCCGGUGGGGAAAGCCGGGCGCGAGGCAGAGCAAAGCCUGGUGAGGGAGGAGAGCGCAAUUCCCCCGUUGCAAACCUCGUCCUUGGAGCCUCUGAGCCCGCUCAGACCCUGUCUGGGGACAGUGCCUUCGGGCUCUACCUCUUCCCCACACGCCAAGGGUCGCGGGAGCACCCUGCCACCUGAGCCGAGCGCAGGAGCUCCCAUCCCGCGCCCCCGCUGCCCGAGGAGGCUGCUCCAGGCACGGCGACAAAGGGGAGCCUGCAGCACCCUCACCCCUGGGACCCUCCAAGACUGGGUGCAGCUCCCCGGGGAGACCCCAUGGACACCAAAACCUUCAGCCAGGCUGCGGGACUGGUGUUAGAGGGACGCAGCGCUGCCCCCCAGCACCUCCCCAGUGCUGAGAUCGGCAGCCAAGUGCAAUAAACGGCCCACGGCGGGGAUCCCCCUGCAGCCAAGUGCCUUUGCCCCUGCCCGGUCCCUUCCUGCGGGGCCGGGGCAGCUGUGCCAAGCUGGCACCAACCCCAUGAGCAUCCCUUGGUGGGUCGGUUGGGGCCAAAUGACCCCCAGCUGCCAUCACCCCAAGGACGGGGCUCGCGGCUGGGUGAGGGUGGAGCACGCCCCCUUGGAGAGCUGGGGAGAAGGGGAGGGAGAAUAAGUGUCAUGGUAUUAUUAUUAUAUAUUUUUUUUGGUCCCUUUUGUUACUGUAAAUAAAGGUCUUUCUUCAUUUCUGA